UUGAAGUGUCGAUGUAAAACAGUUGUCGAAUCUAAGUGGAAGGAAACACAGAAACACAAAAAGUGCAAUUUAUAUUCCACAACAGCAGAAUGAAGACUCUCGUGAUAAUUGCCUGUCUGCUGACAAUUUCCUACGCCGCUGAUCCUGAAAAAUUGAAGGCAUUCUAUAAUAAUUAUCAAACUUGCCUCGAUACACUCAGUGCGCCGGAAUGGACCGCACCAGUGAUGAAAUGUAUGCUCCAAAACAUGGAACUGAUUGAUGACGAAGGUAUAAUUAAAAAAGAUGAACUUUUAACCGGAUUUGAAAAAAUCAUCUCUGAUGAAGGUAACUUAAAUCAAGCAAAAACGCUGGUUUCAUCGUGCUAUGAGCAAGGAUAUGAAGGCGAUGGAAGCAAUGAUGAAAAGACAAUGAUGAUUAUACAGUGUGCAAUAAAUGUAAAAGAUCUAUUCGAUAAACCCUAAUAAAAAGAAGAAGUACAUAUCAUCUUUUAUGUAACAUUUAUAUAUAAAGUACUAGCAAUGCAGCAAUCCUGUGUGCAUGAUUAAAUAUUAUAUAGUACUUCUGAUAUAAUAAAACCUUUUUAGGGAGGCUUUAUAUAAAAUUUUAUCUCAUGACUUGUAAUUGAUUCCCUUUUAUGUCUAUAUUUCAAUAAAGUAUCAUCCUCUCUGAGAAUGUUAUAAAAAA